CUCAGCUAGUGCGUACCCUAAAACUUGGAUCACAGCCUACUCUUGUUUUCAAAGCACUACUGCUUCACUCGCUGUGCCGUAAGACAGGAACGUAGAUGACGAGGAGGGGAAGAGAGAUGGUGCAAGUUCCCCGUCGCGUCGCGCUGCUCCUGCUCUUCUGCAUGGCUGCUCUCGUGGCCUCGGACACCACUGACGGCCUCCUGCCGAACGGCAACUUCGAGGAGGCGCCGGACAGGUCGCAGAUGGACGGGACGAGGGUGACGGGCCGCUACGCGAUACCGCGAUGGGAGUCCUGUGGGUGCGUGGAGUACAUCUGCUCGGGCCAGAAGCAGGGGGACAUGGUGCUGCCGGUCCCGGAGGGCGCCCACGCCGUGCGGCUGGGCAACGAGGCCUCCGUCCAGCAGCAGCUCAGCGUGACGCCGGGGACGCACUACGCGAUCACCUUCAGCGCGGCGCGCACCUGCGCCCAGGCCGAGAAGCUGAACGUGACGGUCGGGGCGCAGUCCGGCGAGCUCCCCAUCCAGACGGUGUACACCAGCAGCGGCUGGGACUCCUACUCCUGGGCGUUCGAGGCCAAGGACAGCGUCGUGUCGCUCACCGUCCAUAACCCCGGGUACGAUGAAGACGCCGCCUGCGGCCCCCUCGUCGACUCCUUCGCCAUCAAGACCCUCCUGCCACCUCAACAAAGCAACUAUAACAUGCUGAAGAACGGGGACUUCGAGGAGGGCCCGUACAUCUGCCCCAGCACGUCGUGCGGGGUGAUGGUGCCGCCCAUGGACGAGGACAGGUACUCCCCGCUGUCCCCGUGGAUGAUCAUGUCGUCGACCAAGUCCGUCCGGUACGUGGACGCGGCGCACUACGCGGUGCCGCAGGGCGCCCGGGCCGUGCAGCUGGUGUUCGGGGCGGAGAGCGCGCUGGUGCAGGAGGUGUGCACCGUGCCGGGGCUGCCGUACAAGAUGGAGUUCUCGGUCGGGGACGCGGCCGAUGGGUGCACGGGCUCCCUGGCCGUCGAGGCGUACGCGGCGGGCGGCAGGGUGACGGUCCCGUACGAGUCCCAGGGCACGGGCGGGUUCACGCGCGGCGCGCUCGAGUUCACGGCGACGGAGGACCGGACGCGGGUGGUGUUCGUCAGCGCGAGCUACAACAUGAAGUCCGAUGGCACGGUCUGCGGGCCCGUCGUCGACGACGCCUCGCUCGUCUGCGCGCAGAGCCAUGCUCGCCGGCUGCUUCUGUGAUUGUGCGGUGCCGCAAUGUAUGAUGGUCCGUUGGUCUGUGACACGAACAAUGGGUAACUACAGAGGGGUCCAAAACUCCGAGCGCUCGGCAGUUGUAAACCAGGGUUCUGUAAUGUAUCGUGGAUAAUUUGCAUUAGGGAAUACUAUCAUUUUAAGUA